UUGGAAUUUAUUUUAAGACCGAUAAUUGGCGAGUUUCAGCGUUUACUUUUGUUCGUUUUCAUUUUACGGAAAGUUAAUCAACAGCAGUAGUAGAGAAUUUUCAACCAACCAUGAGUGACAUGAAAAUAGAAUAUUUCUCAGAUAUGCUCAAUUAUCCUGUUUACCCCAGUCCGCCUUCAACAAGCGAAGAUUCUCCAAUAUCAUACACAACGUUAUCUCCACCAUCCUACAUGUCUGAGAGUAGUUCAUCUCCAGGAAUUCUUCAAUCAUCUCAAUUGGUUCUUGUGCCUCAGAAUGUGUCCCUCAUACCAUACCAAGCUUCAGAUAAAAUCAGUGAUGCAUAUCCCCAGAGUUCCCAACCAUAUCUUGAAAUUACAGAAGAACCCAUUGACAGAUUCAGAUUUCGAUAUAAGUCCGAAAUGACAGGCACUCAUGGUUGUUUAAAUGGAGAGAGGUCUGAUAAAACAAGAAAAAUGACAUAUCCAUCAGUAAAGUUACACAACUACAAAGGAUCAGCUAUCAUAAGGUGCUCAAUAUGGCAGAUUAAUCAUAACGGAAAUGAUUUCAUGCCUCAUGCACAUAGGCUGGUGAAAAAAAGACAUGGGAAAGAAGAAGCUGACGAUCCUCAUGAGAUAACAGUUAAUGAGAAUACUGGAUAUGAGGCAAGCUUUUUUUCUAUGGGUAUAAUCCACACUGCGAAAAAGAAUAUUGUCUCUGAACUCAUAAAGAAAAAAACUGCACUAAUGAAAGAGCUCGCUAGCAGGACCAACAGAGAAGGUUUGUCAAAAAAAGAAGAAAUGGAGAUUAAGGGAUUGGCAGAAGCUGAAAGUAAAUCUAUUAAUCUGAAUGUUGUAUGCCUACGGUUUGACGCUUUCUUGGCGGAAAAAGAUGUCCGAUUUCCUAUCUGUACUGCGGUAUUUUCGCAUGCUAUCAACAAUUUGAAAAGCGCCUUAACCGGCGAACUGAAGAUUGUGCGUAUGGAUCACUGUACAAGUCCCGCCACUGGUGGACGAGAGAUAUUUUUGCUCGUCGAACGAGUAACUAAAAAAAAUAUCAAAGUACGAUUUUAUGAAUUGGAUGAAAAGGAUGAUUGUCUAUGGGAAGACUUUGGAAAAUUCAAUGAUUUGGAUGUUCAUCAUCAGUACGCAAUUGUCUUUAGAACGCCUGCUUAUAAAAACAGGGACAUUGGUAGACCAGUAAAUGUUUUUAUGGAGCUGGUAAGGCCAUCUGAUAAUGCCAGAAGUGAACCCAAGGAGUUUCAAUACACUCCAGCAUCAAACUAUGGGAAACCCGGUAGCAAACGAGCAAGACCUAAUGAUUUCGAUAGUAGUGAAUACGACACCGCGAGCAGUGCAGGAAGUGCGGGAAGUGUUGCCAUACCUCGCACUAUAGAAAACAUGAGUAAUGAAUUAAAUGACAUAAGGAUAAACGAUAUAGACAGUGAGGAACUGAAUAAAUUGAUAAAUGAUAUCAAUUCUGAUGAAUUCAGAGAAAUUUUCAAUAAAAAUAAAAGUGAAUAUGAAUCUGCAAUUUUCGGCAAUAGUGAUAGUUUCAGUUUUACCAAUAUCAGCAUGGACUUUCCUGUCAAUAAUAUCACAAAAAGGAACUACUUGUUGUCCAGCACUCUUGAACAAAGUCAUUCUUACAAGAAAAAGGUAGUCAGAGUCGUCCAAGAAAUUACUGAAUACCUAAGAACCAAGCCAAGUGACGAGAAUGAUACUAUAAAGCAUAUUAAACACUACUUAUCGAAUUUAUCUGGAGGAUACAAUGCAUUACAUCUGGCAGCCAUGAUAGGAGAUGUCAGAACAAUUGAGCUGUUCAUCAAACUCAUUGUACAGUACAAACUGUUUGAAAUCGUAAAUAUCCCUACUAAAACUGGCCAGGGAACUGCUUUGCAUAUAGCUGUAGUUUGUGGUGAUGUCGAAUUAGCUAGGAGCCUUAUCACAAAUUGUCAAGCCGACAUUUCUGUUGUUGACAACAAUUUGAAUACUCCUUUGCAUCUAGCCUCAGAAGAUGCUUCCGGCAAUAUGACAGAAUGUCUUAUGAGGAGCGUGAGUGGUAGAUCACACAUCGAUCUGAAGAACAAAAGUGGGAAUACAGCCUUACAUAUUGCAGUAAAACGAGGUAACUUGAAAGCAGUGAAAAUUUUAUAUCGUUAUGGAGCUGAUGUGAAUGCUCGGCAUCUAAAAAGUGGUUUCACACCUUUGAGAUUCGCAGUAGAAAGGAAGGAUGUGGAAAUUAUAAAAUUUUUAUUGCAUGAUACUAAUUCAGACCCCAAAAAACCAGACUUUGCUGGUGUAACCCCCAUUCAAGUAAUCCAUCAAAUGGAAAACCUGGAAGUUGUUGAGUUGAUUAAAAAAUAUGAAUCGGAACACAAUAGCUUAUGUGAAGAUAUAGAAAUAAAGAUGGAACCAGAAGAUGAUGACUCAGAGGCUGAAAAGGAGAUAUUUGAGGAAGAAGUAAAGGCUGAACCUUUACCCCUGGGAGAAGAUUAUCAGAAUUUUUUUCAAACUAUUAAUCACUUUACUGAUGAAUGCUUGGACGAUAUAUCCAAAGAAAUUGAUUCUUCCGGAAAAUGGGAAGAUCUUGCUCAGUUACUGGACAUUGGGCACUUGAUACGAAUGGAGACUAUUGGUGAAAAUAGUCCUGGCAAAAGAAUUCUCGAAAUUGCUACGCAAGUUGCAACUGUAAAAGAAAUUCGAGGCUUUUUGGAAAACUUGGAUGAGACAAAGGCUGUCCAGGCUAUUGAUCGGAUGGCUCUUCAAAUUUACAAUAGUUCGUCACCUACAAAUAGUAUGUGUCAAGGAUCUGCUUGAAUUGCGGGGUUCCAUUUCGAAUCAAUUCCAUCAUUUUUCUAUUUGGUCAUCCCUUGGCCAUCCAUGAAAUGGCGAAAAACACCUGUCACAAAAUGACAAUGAACACAUAAUUAACUUUAGUGCAAAAUUGAUAUAUUUUAUAUUUUCGUAUCUAGAUAAGUGCCAUGUUCUAUGUCUUCUGAAGUGAGAGUUUAGUUUGUUAGAACUUAAUCCCACUAUUUAAUGUUUUAACCAACAUCAUGUUGUUUUUUUAUAUAUCAUAUUCUUUAUGUUUUAUCAUGUACACGCAAUUGAAAAUAAAGACUUGUUAUUUA